GCAUGAUCUUGUCACGUCUUGUUGCUUCAAUCUUCUGGAGUCGUUCCACAAAUUGAAAACAGUGCCUGAAGUCCUGCCUGAAGGUGACUCAGUCUUUCAGCCAUUGCUUGGCUGAUGGUCUGAGGGUUGUAACAGUGUGGGUGUUGUGUUGGUACAGGAUGGACACUUGGACCAGGCUGAUGGUGUGGAUGCAGCUGGCGGACUCGUGUGGCCUCAGCACGCUCCAUCAGGGUGUGCAGCAGAUCUGGAGGUUGCUGCUGCUCUGUCUGCUCUGCCGGCUCUUCUUCAGACUGGCAGGUGUGUCAACAAUGAAACACGUGAUGUCGGCGUUGGCUGGGGUGUGUGGCCUCUUCCUCUUCUUUGAGCUGCACGCGCUCUGGGUGCUGGGACUCAGUGUGUUCUGUUACCUGGUCCUGCUGCUCGGCCGUCGCUCCAGAGGUCUUGGUGUCUCUGCCGUCAUCCUCCUCUACCUGCUCAUCGGGGAGUUGCACCUGAUUGACACAGUGACCUGGCACAAAAUCAGAGGCUCUCAGAUGGUGGUGGCCAUGAAGGUCAUCUCUCUUGCCUUUGACCUGGACCGAGGAUCUUUGGACAGUCUGCCGUCCCCAGCGGAGUUUUUGGGCUAUGUUCUCUUUGUGGGUACUGUUGUCUUUGGUCCCUGGAUCCAUUUUUCUGCUUAUAAAAGUGCUGUUGAAGGCAGGAAGCUGACAUGGUCCUGGCUGCAGAGCUGCUCUGUCAGUCUCCUGAAAAGCCAGCUGUGCCUGCUGGUGUCGACCUGCGUGGCCCCUUACCUGUUCCCUUUGUUCAUCCCCAUCCAUGGAACCGCAGCCACGCAGAAGUGGCUGGAUGCCUAUGAAAAUGCCGUGUCCUUCCACUUCAGUAACUACUUUGUGGGCCUCCUCAGUCAAGGCAGCAGCAUGCUAGCAGGUGCAGGCUUCACCGAAGACAAGGAAAACAUCAGGUGGGAUAUGACUGUGGUGAAGCCUCUGAGUGUGGAAAUGCCUCGGUCUAUGGUCGUGGUGGUGACCACAUGGAACAUCCCCAUGUCCCAAUGGCUAAAAAUGUAUGUCUUCAAAAAUGCAAUGACACUGGGGACUUUUCCUGCAAUUCUGGUGACGUACACAGCCAGUGCUUUGCUUCAUGGUCUGAGUUUUCACCUGGGAGCUGUCCUCCUGUCUCUGGGCUUCAUCACGUACGUGGAACACGUCCUGAGAAAGAAGCUUGCAGUCGUUUUCAGUGCUUGUAUCCUGUCCAGGCCCUGCAGGUCCGACUGCCACCACCGGCACAAACAGGACUGGUGUGUGGUGCUGCUCAACCUGCUGUUCAGCUUCCUCACCAUCUUCCACCUCACCUACCUGGGCUCCAUGUUUGACCCUGGAACUGAUGAACAAGACAUUGAGGAGGGUUACGCCGCCCGUCACACCAUCCACAGAUGGUCGGAGCUGAAGUGGGCGGGUCACUGGCUGGUCCUCGCCUGCUGGCUCUUCUAUCGUUUAAUUCAGUGACAUCGUUGGAGGAGCGAUUGAUGACAUCAUGAGAAGAUGGCUUCUGCGUUUUGGUGAAAUCACUGCUCUGAUGUCAGCAGCCAUGUGAUUGGAUGCUUCCAGCUCUGCAGUGUCUCCACUUUCCUGGAGUUCAGACUGCUGAAGUUGUUGCCAUGACGAUCCAAAACAUUUCACCGCAUUUUUAGUCCACAAAGACCUUUUUUAAAUUUUUUUUUUACUUUUGUUAAUUUUGUAUAUAUUCCUCUGUUGAAGGUUUAAAUAAACAUACAGGUGUACGAU